UAUUUCUUUUUCCCAUUUUUUUUUUUUGUUUGUGAUGAAUGGGACCCUUUGCUCGGUUAGAUCCAAGAUUCCUUUUUUCGGAAAAAAAUAAAAAUUCUAAUGAAAGAUAAAUGUAUGUAUUGCUCCGUUUGGUUGCUGGAAAAAUGUACGAGAAAUGAGAUCAUAAAAGCUGGACUCUUGAGUUGAUCUGUACUUGACCCAAAUUUCUCUUUGGGUUUCUAGAGUUGACCUCAUUGUAGUUCUUGGGUUCUGAAAGCAAGUUCAAUGAUUCCACUGGACCAAACUAAUCUUACUCUUGGAGCAGUAACGGAGACAAGUGCUACAGCAAAUUGGACUAUCAAUGCGUCAAAUAUAAGAACAGUUAAGGUCAGUAAUAUUUCUCUAGCUGCUUCUGAGAGGGAUAUCAAAGAAUUCUUUUCUUUCUCUGGUGAUAUUCAAUAUGUUGAAAUGCGAAGGGAGACUGAAAAUGCUCAAGUUGCUUAUGUUACCUUCAAGGAUACACAAGGAGCAGAUACAGCAAUACUAUUGACUGGAGCCAAAAUAGUUGAUCUUUCUGUCAAUAUCACACCUGUUGAGGAUUACCAACUACCCCCUGAAGCUCUCCUGUCAAACAUGGAGAAAAAGCAGGUUGUUGCAGAUUCUACUGUGCAAAAGGCUGAAGAUAUGGUGAGCACCAUGCUUGCCAAGGGCUUCAUAUUGGGAAAGGAUGCCAUCAACAAGGCAAAAGCAUUCGAUGAACAGCAUCACUUGACAUCGAAUGCCUCUGCUGCGGUAACUUCAUUUGAUCAGAAAAUUGGUCUGAGCGAAAAGCUAAGCAUUGGAACAGCCGUGGUUAACGAAAAGAUGAGAGAGAUGGACGACCGAUUCCAAGUCUCUGAGAAAACAAAGUUUGCCUUAUCUGUUGCCGAGCAGAAGGUAAGCAUUGCGGGAACUGCUAUCAUGAGCAACAGCUACGUAUCUACAGGAGCUUCAUGGCUUUCAAACGCAUUCACUGCAGUUGCGAGGGCAGCUGAGGACGUAGGUAUGUUGACAAAGGAGAAAGUUGGAAAAGCAGAGGAAGAAAAAAAGGGUUCUGUCUACAAGGAGAGAGCAAGGAUCAUCGAAGACUUUGCAGAGCUCCAUCUUGAUGAAUCUCCCAAGGCAGAACCUUCAGUAGGUCUAGUUGAUUCAACAACUGAUAAGCAAGCUUAGAAUGAUAUGAAAUGAUUGCUUUUGAACUUUGAUUUUCCUUCAAUGCCUUGAUUCUUUCAUUGUUGUACAAUACACUGUUACAUGGGAUUGUAAUUCAAAGGAAUUUCUGAUAUAUAUUAUUAUAUGUUCUAAACAUA